AUGCGAAGUGUCGAUGACUUGCUGGAGCAUGAAGAGGUCAAGUACAUGUUAGUCGCCUUGAAACAAGAAGGACUGGAUCUACUUGGUAGGUUUGAGCAUGCAGACUUCAUACAUGCUUAUGCACGAUGUGACAGUGAUGACGACAGUGUGGUGAAAGUCGAGCUCCCGCGCAUCAACAUGGCUUUCGACGUCGAGGACGACAUCUUAGUGUCCAGAGACUAUCGUGGCUACCGGCUGGCUGAUACUCAAAAGCUAGCUGACACGCUGGUUGACUUUGACUCGUACCUUGUGUUGCAGAGAAUCGACACAUCUCUGCCGUCCAUCAAGAUCAUUGUGCAGAAUGCUGAAGUGAAAGAAGGAGUCCCGCUGUCCCUCAACAUUGACACUGACAGCAGCUCCAUCAAGGAAGCCGUUUGCUUCGACGUGCAUGAGCGCUUCAAGCACCUCCAAGCCGAAACUGUGCAGUCCAGACUUUUCCUGGCCAGUCUAUAUGCAGGGACGGACUGCGAUGUGUCCGACCCGCGGCUUCAGGUGACGGGAAUGGAGGCGGCCUUGGAUCUACUGCGGCAGUGUUGGAUCAACCGACCUCUGACAAAGAAGGAGCGUUCGC